AAAUUUAACUCCUAAUUCUACUCCGAUUCUGCUCCUCUGACUAACUAUAAAUAACAACUCACGGUAAUCUCAAAACAUUCAUUAUACAAUUUAACAAUUAACAAUUUCUCUACUUGUUUCUCGUGCCCGAUCUCGCACCAACAAUCAAUGACGGAUCUCACGCCCUACCCCGACAGUCGCGAGAGAGUGAUCGACUUUCUCACCACAUAUCUCGAGAAGGUGACAAAGGAGAACGACGUGGACCGUCCCGGUACAAGACUGCAGGAGCGGGAGUCGGUGUUCGACAUGAUUACAAAGCCGAGGUAUGCGGCUCGCGCGUUCGUCACUCGCCUUCCGUCCCGCCUCCCCGACUGCGGCGCGCGUUCUUUCGUCGUCGCAUACAUCUACCUCAGCCGCUUCCUACGGAGGCAACGCGACACUAUCACUCUCGACUCCUUCAACGUCCGCCGCCUCCUUCUCACCAGCCUCCUUACUGCUACCAAAUUUGAGCUCGGAUUCGGCUACAACAAUUCCCUAUUUGCGAGAAUUGGACGGAUCAAAUUGAAGGACAUGAAUAAUAUGGAGAGUGCAUUUUUGGACGGCAUCGACUUCCACCGCACGGUCAGGGGCUGCGACUUCGACAACUUCUGGAUGCUUCUUUAUUAUUAUCAUGAAUUCACUACAACAGGGAACUUGGAGAUUGCUCAACUGAUACCCUCUGCUUCUGCGCCGUCAAACACGGAGAUUUCACAACCGAUAUCCUCUGCUAUUGCACCUACAGCGACCCUAGUGUUGCCUUGCUGCAUUUACGUGGGAGCUGCUUGCAACUGCUCCGAGUAGAAGCUGCUUGAGUUACUGUGAUAUUAGGAGUACAGUAAUUCUCGUGCUCCUAAUUUUUUAAUCAUUCAUCAAUUUUGAUGGGUGAUUAGGAUGAGAGAGAAAGAGA